AGAAGAAUGAUAAAGAAAAAUAUUAGCAAAAAAAAAAAAAAAGAAAUCCUGAUACCGUUAAAGAGCUCACGGUUUCUUCAGGAUGAUGAGGUCACACUGUCUCCAGCUUUGCAGCGCCUGACGUCACGAUCGGGGGCGUGUGUCACGUGAUUUCCUGUUUUGUUUUGUUUAGUUUUUUCAGCCUGGGAUGGCUAGAAAUGAAGAAAAACAAUUUGGAAAACUAAAUCGAUUAUGGCUUCAAAAAGAAAGAAAGGAAGGUCGGAUUAAAGAUGUGCACGAGUCGAGACCAAAGCUUGCGACAUUAAAUUCUGUUGCAGCCGUGAAGAAAUGGAUACCAAGCAUCAAGAAGGAAAUUGAAUAUUACCUGCAGCAGUCCCAAUUGUCCCACUAUCCAGAGAGGAAGAUAGCAGAGUUCCAGCAGCGAAUUGAUCAACUGGAAAAAGAGUAUAAAGCUUAUCUUAACAAACUGCACCUUUUAGACCCCAGCUGUAAACACCAGCCUUGGUCACCUAGAGCGUACACCAAGAGGAGACCAGACUCUAAAGGCGAUCAUAGCAUUGCCAAGAGACUCCACGCUCCUGAUUCUGGUGCUCAACCCAGUUUUGAAGAAAGUGCUGCAACAAUAAAUAAGCAGGAUAUAUGUAACUCAUCACAAGCAGGUCCCACACACCCUUCUGAUCUUCCAGACCAGGAUCUUCCACUCUCUUUUGACCACUCCAGGUUGGCAAUAGCAUUAGCUGCAUCUCGUGGGGCUUCCUCAGGGCAGCAGAAUGAAACGCACGUCCUGGCACACGUCCUGCGUAACAGCCUGCCCAACCUGCACAGCUCAGCUGUGGCACAAGUCCUAGAGCCACCGGAGGAAAAGGGGACUUUGCCCUGUGCUGAAAAAAAUGAGGGUACUUUAAAGGAUGUUUUGGGACUGGACUGCUACUCAUCUUCCUCAGAUGAAGAAACUUAAAGUUGUAAGCAUUUCUGUGACCUGACUGGGUUGUUCAUA